CUCGGCCAGUCCCAAGCCGGCAAGCCCCAAGCUCUUCGCCUUCGGCCGCUCUUUGUCUCUGUGUUGCGCUUGCGCCUUUGCCCUAGUUCAUUUUCCAAUCUUCCACAUUCCACGAUCAGAGCCUCAGAGGUCCAGUCCAGACUCCAGAGUCGGUUGCCCCCAUUCAAUUUCAGACUUCAGAGCUUGUCGCUGCGUCGCCCCCAUUCAGAUCUCAGAGCUCGUCACAGGCUCACCGCGUUGCCCCUACCUGAAUCUACCUCCCCUGGUCGACUUGAAGUCUUGAACGCCGGCAAGUCUCAAGUCUCGUUGGCGCGCUACACACCUACACGCAAGACCUGAGCAUCGGCAUUCGGCAAGUCGUGAGUCUGUCAAUCAUCAGGAUUAUCUCAAAUGCAAGAGCAAGGACACUGCAUCAAUGGAAAAGUCUGAACUUGACUUUUAUUUAGAAGAAGCAACAAUGGAUCCAAAUCUGUUUCUGGAGAUGGAUGUUUUGGAUUAUUGGAGGACCAAUGCAGCUCGCUUUCCUUAUCUAUCAAAGAUGGCAUGUGAUAUUUUGAGCAUUCCAAUCACCACAGUGGCCAGUGAAUCAGCAUUUAGUAUUGGUUCAAGAGUUCUCACAAAAUAUAGAAGUUGUCUUCUUCCACAAAAUGUGCAAGCCCUUAUUUGUACCCGUAAUUGGAUGCUUGGUUUUCCAUGUGAUGAUUCUGAUGAAGAACCAGCUGAGCAAAAAGAUGGUGGUUUUCAAGCUCAACCAAAUAAUUUCAUGUCUUCAAAUCAUGCCUCCAACUCCAACACUAUCAAUAUUGACUGAUAGCUCAUGAGUGAUGAUUGAGCACUUGAUAGUUGAUAGUGAUUUAUGUAGUGACAUGUGACUUUGUAGUGGUGUUAAUUUGGAUUUAUGUUUUAAUUUGAGAUGUUUGUUAAAUUAUUAAGGACAUAUCAUGUUUAUGUAAUCAUAUGUUUAAUAUUUUGAUAUAUUUAAAAGUUGAAACUUUGGAUAGA